AUGGCCGAGGAAACCAAGGCCGAGGCGCAAGAGCUUCGUGCCAAAUCCUCGUCGCCCACCCAACAACCCUCAGCAGCAGGGCCUCUCUCCUCCAAAUCAUCAUCCAAGUCGCCUCAGGGAGCUACCCUACCGCCCGAAUCCACCGGCCACCUCGAGGCCGAGGAGGAGGGCGCCAUCAGCGACGAGGGCUCUGACCUGGGCGCCGGCGACGUGCAGAGCUCGACGGCCUCGCUCAGCAGCACCAUCUACAAGUUCCGCGAGGAGAACGGCCGGACGUACCACGCCCACAAGGACGGCGCCUACAUCGCGCCCAACGACCAGCUCGAGCAGGAGCGCCUCGACUUCCAGCACGCCCUCUGCCUCCUCACCUUUGACAACCGGCUGUACUUUGCGCCCCUCGACCAGCAGCCCCUCCGCCGCGUCCUCGACGUCGGCACGGGCACGGGCUGCUGGGCCAUCGACUUCGCUGAUGACCACCCCUCGGCCACUGUCGUCGGCAUCGACCUGAGCCCCAUCCAGCCCAGCCUCGUGCCCCCCAACGUCGAGUUCCAGGUCGACGACCUCGAGGACGACUGGACCUUUAGCGAGCCCUUCGACUACAUCUACACGCGCUUCAUGACCGUCUCCUUCGCCAACUGGCCGCGCUUCUUCGAGCAGAGCAUGCAGCACCUGACGCCCGGUGGGUGGCUCGAGGUCGUCGACAUCCUGCCCCCCAUCUCCGACGACGGCACCAUGUCCCCCGACACGGCGCUGUACAAGUGGUCCAACUACCUGCUCGAGAGCACCGAGAAGAUCGGCCGGCCCUUUGGGGGGACAGCCAAGUACAAGGAGCAGAUGCAGGAGGCGGGAUACCAGAACGUCGUGCAGCACGUCUACAAGUGGCCGCAGAACAGGUGGCCCAAGGAUCCCAAGUACAAGGAGCUAGGCAAGUGCAACGACAUGACAUCAGCACUAAUCGCCGCGACUGCAGGUACCUGGACUCUUGAGAACAUCUCCAGCGGUCUUGAAGCCAUCAGCAACGCUCUCUUCACACGUGUUUUAGGCUGGACCAAGCCAGAACUUGACGUCUUUCUUGUUCAGGUUCGAAAAGACAUCAAGAAUCCGGCAAUCCAUGCUUACUGGCCCAUCUACGUCAUUUACGGGCAGAAACCCAAAUAG